CAAACGACAGUACGACAGAAAAGACAGAACAAAUAACGAAACGAAUUGAAUCAUAAGCAGAAGCAAAAAAGAAGUGAACUUGGAAGGGUGGAAAAAUUUGUGAGUGAAUAAGUGAAUAGAUGAGCCAUUGCUAAAUAAAAUAAAAUUUAACUCUCAUCUAUCGUGAAAAACGUCCUCAAUUUCAGACUUAAAACGACACUCGAAAGUUUGUGAGGACCCAAGGAAUCACGAUUUUUCUGCCACAAUUAUAAUAAUUAAAUUAAAUUUGCUCAAAAAUUAGAAAAAAAAGCAAAACAAAACAAAAUUAAAAAAAAAGAGAAUAACACGAAAAUAAAAUAUCAAAACAAUGAGUGCAACAGCGAUUGCAACAACAGCUAAAUCAGCGCCCGGAGUAGCAGCUGCAGCUGGAACUGGAACUGCACCUGCAUCUGAAACAACAGCUGAAGCAAAUCCAGCGCUUUGUCGAUUCUUUGUACGUGGCAUAUGUCGUUUUGGAGAAAUGUGCCGGUUUUCGCAUGAUCUUGCACUGUACAUUGGAUCUGAUGGCCAAGCAGCAACUGGAACAACAAACUCCACCUCCGCAAUAACAACAACAACAACAACAACGACGGCGACAACAAAAGUGGGUCCAACCGCCGAAACUGCCAGGCCUAGCACCAGCAAGUCCUGGGCAAAUGCUCCUGUUUUCAUUCCAAAAUUCCGCCAACAAUUGUUGGUGUUCGACAGCAAAGACGUCGAUCCGAAUCGCAGCUGGGCUGAAGUGGCCGGCGGUUGUCCUGUGGUUAUUGGUGGAAAUGCUGGCAUCGUCCCUCCACAAGGUGUCCCUGUUCCUGGCGGUUUGUGUCCAUAUGAAUAUGAUUGCCCGUUUGGAUUAGCGUGUACCUAUCAACAUAUUGAGCUGUGCGAAAUGUGCGAUUCGUAUUGUCUACAUCCAACGGAUACGCAACAGAGGCGGAAGCACAUUCAGGAAUGUCUGCAACAGCACGAACGCGACAUGGAAUUGUCGUUUGCCAUUGCCCGCUCAAAGGACAAACAAUGUGGAAUCUGUUUCGACACCAUAAUGGAGAAAGCCGGACGUGAGAAGCGAUUCGGCAUCCUACCAAAUUGCAGUCAUAUCUUUUGUUUGGAAUGCAUACGAAAGUGGCGUCAAGCUAAACAAUUUGAACACAAAAUAACCAGAGCUUGCCCUGAAUGUCGAGUGGCAUCGGAUUUUGUCUGUCCAAGUGCCUUUUGGGUGGAUACAAAGGAAGAAAAGGACAAACUCUUGGUUGACUACAGAAAUGCACUUGGCGUUAAAGACUGCAAGUACUUCAAAAAGGGUGAUGGAAAAUGCCCCUUUGGCAAUAAAUGUUUCUACAAACAUGCUCUACCGAAUGGUGAAUUAGUUGAUGUUGGAUUACCGCAACGUGCCAGAAAACUACAUCGAAAUACCGAUGAGCUGAUUGAUUUACUCGACAUCUAUCUAUGGGAAUUCGUUGAUCAACGUGACUAUCAUUGGCUUGAAAUGCUCUCAGUUCCAAGUGAUAGUGAUGACUCUGACUGGUCUGAAGAAGAAUAGACGAAUUUUCUUCACCACACACUUCACACACCUUGAACAAAACAAAAAUGAUAAAACAUUCAAUGUGUUAACAAAACAAAAAAAUAAAAAAAAACAAAACAAAAAUGUUAAUCUGUCCCACGUAAAAUGAACACACAAGUUUUGUUCUCUUUUAAAAAUGUCUCCACCCAACUAAACAGUAAAAGAAACAAGAGAUAAAAACAAAAACAAAAGCAAAACAAAAUAUAUAUAUACCAACUGUGUUGUUGUAUAGUUCAUUACUUUUUUGCUUCUAACUUAAAAAACAAAUGAUAUAAACACACAAAUUGUUAAUUCAUUCACAUUCAUAUACAAAACAAAUUUAUUUAAAUUCUAUGAAAUUAAAUGUAAUUAAGUGAAAACAAAACAAAAAUUCGAAAAAAAACUGCUUUCUGUGCUUAAAAAGAAAACAAAAAAAAAGAACAAAAAUUAAAUCAAUACAUUCUUUUUUUUUAUUUGUUUAUAAUUUCUUUAUUUUUUUAAAACUAGCUAUAGGCCGACUGAAUUUUGUUAAAGAAAAUAAUAAUAAAAAGAAGAGAAAUCCAUUUUUUAAAUGUACCUUAGCAUAUUAUACUUAAAUUGUUAAUCAACAAAAUUCUCCCUCAUUCUAAAAAAAAAAACAAAACAAAGUAAAAUCAAAAACCAUUGUGAGUGGAAAAUAAAAUACAAAUCUGAGAAAUCAACUGGUGCCCAAAAACCACCCCAUUUAAGCGUCUGUUAUAUUUUAUUAUUACAAAAAGGAAAGAAGAAAAACUGAAAUACAAAUCAAAUAAAUAAAAACUGUUCUUUUUUUUAAUGCCACAUAAACAUUAAUUAAAAUUUGUAAAAAAACUAAAAUAAAUUAUAAACAAAAAUGUGUGCAAAAUUUUCUCAACAGUUCUCAAUAAUAAAAUCUUAACUGCUUUCUAGUCAGUUUUUACCUAUAAAUAAAUAAAUGUUUAUUUUUUCUUUUAAUAAUUCUGUGUUAGCUUUAAAUUUAUUAUAUUAAUAUUAUCAAAUUAAAACAAAAAAAAGAAAGAAAAAACAAACUUAUAGCCAGUUGAUUAAAAAACAACAACAAAAAACACUCACAAUAAUUUUUGAAAGAUUUUCAAAAAAAUAAUCAAAUAAAAUCAAAAAAAUCAAUUUAAAAAAAAAAACUAGAAAUCUCAAACAAUAUUCAGUUCUCUUAUCAUAUCUCUAUUGUUUAAAUUUAUAUUUAAAAUAUAGUAAAAAUGUGUAAAAAAAAAACAAAAUAGAAAAAUAUUUAACUCUGUAGAUUUUUACCAUCAACCACCAUCCAGUAUGAAUUUAAACAAAACAAAAAAAGUAUAAACAAAAAUCAAGAGAAUAAAAUUAUUUGUAUUUCAUUAUACCAAAUUAAUUAAUUAAUUAUUAUUAUUAUACCUAAUGUUUUCUGUUAGUUAAUAUUUCAAUCAGUGUUAUAAAAAUAAAAACAAAAUAGUUAAAUAAUAGUUUAUAUAUAUAUCAUAAAACAAAUAUUAAGCAGUUGCCUUUUUUUCUUUAUAAACAAAACAAGAACAAACAAAAAAUAUUUAAAAACAAAUUUGUGAAAAGAAACAAAAAUACAAUCAAUCAAAAAAUUUAUUUAAUAGAGUUAAACAAAAACAAAAAAAAUACGUAAACAAGCUGAAAAAUAAAUCCAUUUGAAUGGAUUUGGUGAGAUUAAUUAAAUGAAAGAAAAAGGAGAAUGUCGUCAAACCGUUUUUCGGGAGAAAGAAAAUUAAAAUGGGCAGACAACUAUUUUGGAGGUUGAUAAAUAGUUUUUGGCAAAAUUUGGUGAGUGCGAAAAAUGAAUAGAAUUGUUUUUUUAAGUUUAAACUCAUAAACACAAGUAUGAAUCCAUUUUUUUAAAUAUAUUGUCGGCAAAUAUUUGAUAUAAACAAAUUUUAAGAAUCUACAAACAGUGGGGCACUUAAUAAUAAACACACACAACCUUUGCGUUAUGUUAUGAUGUUUUAUUUGUUUCAGUGAAGGUUACAUUUAUUUAUUUACAAAUACAGUUAGUUUGUUCCUCCAUCCCUGACAACAUUACUAGCUCAGAGGAAUGGUUGAGAGUUGUAAGUCAGUUAGAGUAGCUCUUAACGGACUGUUGCGCCAUCUAAUUUUUAGUAAGAAAACAAAACGAAGAUAAUUAAUGGCACAUUUUUAUAAAAGUUGAAAGCAAAAUGAAAAAGAAAUUACAAAUUGAGCUUCGACAGGUUUUCUGUUUGAAUAGCGGUAGGGUCUCUUCGCAUCCAAUAUUUAACCGUUCUUCUUUUUACUACUGUUAAAGUUCAUUUGUAUUGGUACGCUUUUUUACACGCGUUUUUCCAAUACUUGCCAAAAAUAUUUGAUUGGAUCUAGGUUUGGAGGUUGUGGUGGAUGUGGAAGCCUGUGUGGAAUGUUUUUCUAACCAUCUUAAGCAGUAUUCUUAGAUUUGAACGAUCGUGAAAGACCUAGACUUUUGAAACUUGGGAUUUGAGUUUUUCUUUUAAAAUAUCCACACCAUAACUUCUCUGACACCAUGUUUCGCUGUAGGUGCUAAGUUCUUAUUCGAUCGUGUAUUCGACUUGUUUUCGUCUCGUAAUUUGGUUGUUGUUAACGGCCGCAGAAGCAAUCUCCUUAUCGUCCGUCAUGGGAGGAACAUCUCUUAAUUCUUGUCGCAUAUUACAUGUAUAUUUUGGACUUGGCUUGACAUGAGGGACAGUAUUAUUGCAUAGGAUAUACCCAAAAAGAAGUUGAAAAAGUUAUAAAUGCAUUUUAUUUCUUUGGAUACACCUACAAAGUUGUUGAUGAUGUUGAAUGCAUUCGAUAGUAAAUAAACCAGCUGAAGAAAAAAUGGACAAAAACAAAUGUUUGUAAAAGCUUAAAAGUGGACUUAUAGAUUGAGCAUCGUGAUGUGCUAAAAAUGAAUGCUGGGGCCCUACUCUGUAAUGCGUUUCGAAAGCCAAUUGGAUUCGAAUGUGAUAUUCGAUUCGUUUAUGAAUUUGUACUCUGUAAAAUGUUCGAAUCGAAUAAAACAAUCGUCAAGUACUUUUUCUAUUUAUAGAAUAGAUUUGGCGAGUCUCGAAGUAUUUCUUAUGAGAUUUGUCAAAGCAAAAAAUCAAAAUAAAUCACAGACGAGGAAAAAAAUUAAAUUAAAAUUCAGUCAUUGAGAAUUAUCGUAAUGUCUUUUUUACAUUCACUGCUUUGCAAAUGGCACAUCUCUCUUUUUAAUUUAAGCUAAGAAAGUUUAAGCUGAUUUUUUUCGUAGUCAUUUCGUUUUUUGUGUUGAAAUUUGUCUUUUGCCAAAGUAUACUUUUUUCCUUCAAGUCAUACGAAUUCCACCAUACUUUCAAAGUGCUUUUGUUUGGUAUGCACAUUUUUCGCUGACGAUUCCCUGUUGGUGUAGAAACAAAGUUUUCGUUUUCGAACGCUAAUGACAUUCGGAAACGCAAUGCCAGGUACGAAAAAUUCGAAUGCGGAUUUGUUAUUCCGUAAGUACUAGAUUUCUUAUCCGCAAUAUAUCGAAAAUAUUUGCUUUCAAAAUGCAUUGCAGAGUAGGGCCCCAGCACUGUAGUUCCUUUCGACUUCCUAUCAUUUUUGGAAGAGAAUUUUGUGGAUAAUGGAUUCUAUACUUUUGUUUCAUUAUCAGCCAAGUGUCGUGUAGUGGAGUUUAAGAAAGUCUAAUCAAUUGACGAUACACGUAAUUCGAACAAAAUUUAAUCCAUUCCAUUGAACGCUUUCAUUUAAUCAGAAUAAAGAACGCACAGUUAUUUGCAUACGUCUUACCCCUCUUGUCGAAUUCUCAUAUUUAAUUUACUUUGUGGUCUCGAAUUGAAAUUUUAAGAAAUGAAAAAAAAAUGCAGAUCAAAGAUUGUUCGAGGGUAAGAUUUAUGAAGCUUCAGGUACUUAUGACGUGUCAUGUUUAUUUAUGUCAACUCCUGUUAACUUUUCUCCCUUUUGGUCAUGUGAAGUGUAGACAGAUGGCCAUGAUGACACAAUUUUUUAUGUAUGGCAUGAAAUUUCGAUGAAAAAGUUAUUAAUACAAAAAUUGAUUUUGGCUGUGACUUGAUCAUAUUUUGUUACUUAAUUGUUUUUAAAGGACAAAUGACUAAUGUCUUGCUGUGGGCUAAUAGUAAAAGUAAGUCGAGUUCUUUGUUUUAUUUUGCAUCUGACUACAGUUUUUUUUACUUUUUCUUUACAAAUUACUUGCCAUUAAGUCAAAUUAAUCAAUCUGGAAAAUGGUGAUGAAAGCUCAAAAUAUUUUAUUCGGGUUUCUAUUUAACAAGUUUUUCAAAUAUUGUUGGCAACAUUCUCUCCAGAAAUUUCAAUUCAAAAGACAACAGACAGCAAAUAAUUAUUAAAUUUCGUUUUUAAAAGGACAUAGAGGCUACUUACAUAUUUACGUACAUAAAACUGAAAAGAUUUACAUAAAUGAACAUAAAUUUUAACUUUCGUUUUUCAGACAAGAAACACAAUUUCUUCAAAUUACAUUUACAAAAUGAAUUUAAAAAUAAACAAAAUAAUUUCUAUGUUCCAAAAUCAUUUUCCAAUAUUGUCCUUUUUUUGUAUUCUUCUUCACCAAAACAUAUUUAUUAUAUCAUAAGAAAUAAUCAAGAAACAAAGAACAAGCAACAAAAAAGAAACUAAAAAAAAAAGUAAUAAUAAACAAUAUGCAUUCAUCCAUAAAUAAUAAAUAAAUUUAAAUAAACAAAAAAAAUCUUAAAAAAAACCUAAUUAAUUGUGAUCGUCAAAAUAUAUAUUAUUAUUAUUAAUAUUAAUUAUAUUCAAAGAAAUUAAACUUUAUUGUAAAAUCAACAAAAAAAGUUUAAAAAGUGAUUUAAAAAAUUUAACAAAAAAAAUAUUAUGUGUUAGAAAUUUUUCGAAAUGUAAAACGAAAACAAAAAAAAAAACAAAACUCAUUGUGUGAAAAGAAAAAACAAAACAACAAAUUAUAAAAUAAAUAUUAGUGUCUUAAUUUUAUAUAUAUAAAAAAACGAUAAACAACAAAAAAAUAUUAACAAAAAAAAAAUAUUAACAAAAAAAAAAAACAAAAACAAAUGCCCUCUGUAUACAAGAAACAAAAUAUUAAUAUUAAUACCUAUAGAUAUUUUUUUUAUAUCUUAACAAUUUAUUAGCGGGUUUCUUUAGAUAUAUAUAUAUGAAGAAAAAAACUAUAAAAAAAUAUUAUUAAUAAAUACAUAUUAUUAUAUACAUACGUACAUAUAUAUAUAUGAUGAUACUUACAAUGAAACAGUAGAAGUUUGUGAGGUUGUAUAAUUUAUGUUAUAAACCUUCAGACAACCGUAACAAGUUCAGGGUUAUUAUUUGAUUCGUUUAUUUGUUGUAAUUUAUUUCUUUUGAUAAAUAUUUUUGUUAAUUAAAAAAAAAGUAAUGUUUCUUCUUAAAUUUCAAUUUAAACAAAAUUAAAUUAAAUUAUGUGUUUUUUUUCAUAAACAUUUGUUUGAUAUUAAAAAUAAAAAAAAACACGAGUUUAUUCGACAUAUUUUGUUUCAAAAUAAAUUAUUCGUUAAUAAAAUUAUUAUUAUUAUUUACAUA